UUAUUUUAUUAUCCCAAUUCCUAGGCCCUGACGGACUCCGUAGAGUGGCGCUCGCGGAUGGCACUGAAAGCUUUCAUUUGCCGGCCAUGUUGCGUAUCGGCGGCGAUUCCUCCCUCGAUUGAACCUUCUUGGAGGUCUUCUUUCUUCGUCGGUCAACCUCUCGAAAUAUCCAUCCCAAACCCCCCUUCAGGAGAGUAUACUCUGAAGAGACCAGGCAUCAUUGUAUCGAAGAAAUUGUCAGGACUGGAGGAGGCUGUACGAAUUCAAAGGUCAAGAGAACUACAUGGUUCAAUAAAAUUAAGAAAAAGGCCACCGUUAAGGCGUGGAAAAGUUUCUGGAAGGCUUCCUGUUCCUGAUCACAUCUGUAGACCUCCAUAUGUUGAUUCAGGCUUGUUGCCGGAACUAUCUAGGGAGCAUCAAUUACAUGAAGAUGAGGGUAUUUCUCGCAUGAAGGCUGCCUGUGAACUUGCGGCCCGCGUCUUAGAUUAUGCAGGAACAUUGGUUAGAGUGCCCAAUUUUAUUCCUACAAAUUCUGUGUGCUUAAAAUAUUGUAUUAACUGUUUGAGAGAUGCUUCCAUUCAUCAGCCAUCCGUAACGACAAAUGAAAUUGAUAAAGCAGUUCACAAUAUGAUAAUUGAUGCUGGGGCUUAUCCUUCCCCACUUGGGUAUGGUGGAUUUCCCAAAAGUGUUUGCACAUCAGUAAAUGAAUGCAUGUGCCAUGGGAUACCUGAUUCCCGCCAACUACAGGAUGGGGACAUCAUAAACAUCGAUGUCACUGUUUAUCUGAAUGGUUAUCAUGGGGACACAUCAAAAACAUUUCUAUGUGGAAAUGUCAACGAAUUGACAAAGCGUCUAGUCAAAGUGGCUGAAGAAUGCCUAGAGAGGGCCAUAUAUGUUUGCAAAGAUGGUGCAAACUUUAAGAAGAUUGGCAAAAGAAUAAGCGAGCAUGCUGAAAAAUAUGGCUAUGGUGUUGUGGAGCGUUUUGUUGGUCAUGGUGUAGGGACAGUAUUCCAUUCUGUGCCACUCAUCUUGCACCAUCGUAAUGAUGAAUCGGGCUGCAUGGUUGAAGGUGAAACAUUUACCAUUGAGCCGAUCCUAACCAUGGGAAGUACUGAAAACGUUACUUGGGAUGACGGGUGGACGACUGUAACUGCAGAUGGUAGUCGUGCCGCACAGUUUGAGCACACAAUUUUGAUCACCAGGACUGGCGCAGAGGUUUUAACAAAAUGCUGAGGUCAUAGUCCCAUACAAAAGGCUCUUAAUCACUAUAAUGGAUGAACUGAUUGCAUGCUAUCUUGUUCCACAUCAUUGGAGAGGCACAUGGAUGCUAUCUAUUGCUGUCACAGCCCCAACCAAGGGAUCUUAAACGAGUCAGAAUUUUCAGUUAAUAUGAAGCAUCGAUGGCAUAAUUAGUGCUAGAAACACAGUGGCCAUUUAUAAUGCCUGGGAUUUUGUAUUCUGAUGAUUAUUUAUGUGUUUUUGUUACUGAUAUUAAACACCAAGAAGUUGAGCACUGGAUUUUGGAAAAUCAUUAAUUUUGAGU